AAAGAAAGCCCAAAAGAAAAGUGAAAUUGAAGGAAGGAGGUUUGAAGCGCCAUUCAGAAACCUGAACCCUUCCUCCUUACGCAGCAAUGGCGGGUGGCGACGACGGCGGCGGGAAAAUUGACGGAGGAACUGCCAUCGAGAACACUGCCGUCGAAGGAAUCGGAAACGGAAAGUCACCGUCUCCGAUGGAGGAACCUACUCAUCCACCUGCCCCUGCAGCGCUCUCCAAAAGCGCGCAGAAGAAGCUGUUGAAGCAGCAGAGGUACGAGGCGAAGAAGGCCGAGAAGAAGGCGCAGGCGAAGGAGCAGAAGAAGAAGGAAGUUGAGCGGAAGCGAAAGGAAUGGGAGGAAGCGCUGGCGGCGGUGCCGGAGGAAGAGAGGUUGAAGUUGUUAGAGUCGAGGAAGGCAUUGAGGAAGGAGAGAAUGGAGCAGAGGUCGGAGGAAAAGAAUGCCAAGUUCGAGCGGCUGAGCAGAGCGAGAGAACAAGGGCAGAAGAUCGUCAUUGAUCUUGAGUUCUCCGAUCUCAUGACGACAUCGGAGAUUCACAGCCUAGUUCAGCAGAUAAUGUACUGCUAUGCUGUCAAUGGAAAAUGUGAAACACCUGGGCAUCUAUGGUUAACGGGUUGCCAGGGGGAGAUGGAAACCCAGCUGAGAACACUACCCGGGUUCGACAAGUGGAUAAUCGAGAAGGAAGCUCGAUCAUACAUCGAAGCAUUCGAAGGUCAGAAGGAGAACCUGGUGUACCUCACAGCAGACGCUGAAACCGUGCUAGAUGAGCUCGAUGCAAGCAAAGUAUACAUCGUUGGCGGGUUGGUCGACAGGAAUCGGUUUAAAGGGAUAACCUUAAAGAAAGCAGAGGAGCAAGGCAUCCAGACUGCUAAACUCCCCAUCGGCAACUUCUUGAAGAUGUCUAGCUCUCAGGUGCUUACUGUGAAUCAAGUCAUGGAAAUUCUGCUCAAGUACUUGGAAACUAGGGAUUGGAAGGAGGCCUUCUUCCAAGUGAUUCCACAGAGGAAAAGAUGCGAAGCUGAUCCGGCUGGCGAUGGGGAAAUAGAGGAGGAAGGAGAUGAACAGCCAUCUGAGAGUAAGAGGAAGUGUACUGAGGUUCCUAGUAGCUAGUAAGAAUCCCCAAUCUUUAUGGCUUCUCUCAUACAUUAACUCUGUAAUCCUGAAUCUCGUUGUGCUGAAUUCAAUCAUCAGGUUCGAUUCUAGUUCGUUUUUGUUUACCUUGAAUUCAACCAUAACUAUAUCUCUAACACAAGGAACCAACACAUUGCAUUCAUCGAGGGAAUAGGAAGCAAAAUCCAUAAGCAAGCACAAGGAGCAAAAUGUCGAUGCAGGAUAUGUUUACUUCAUCCAUCACACACCGAGUUCAGUCCACCCCAAAAUUAGCAGAGAAAGUUAAAAGGAGGCAAAACAAUGCCACCACGUCAGCACAAGUAAACUGUCUAGCUAGCUAGUCCACAGAGCUUCACCCUCCCCAUCUCCAGGCCAUACCACCUCCAUCGCCGCUCUCAUUUCUGAUCACGGUGACCGAAAAUUGGAUGGCGAUGUUCCCCAUUGCUCGCGGACCCAUUGCCACGCGGAGACGAUGACUGCGACGACGAGCUCCCCACAUUGGCCCCGCUGUAAAACCCGUUGCCAGCAGGGUGACGAGAGUGUGCGUGGUGGUGGUGGUGGUGGGAAUGGAACGAUGCAGUUCCAUACCCUGACGAUCCCCCCAGAUACUCCAUCAUGAAACCACCUGAUCCAUUCCCAUUGCUGCUGCUCCUCUUCAGCCCGAGCGCCGAAGAGGCUGCAGCUGCAGAGGCGGCCCCAGCACGGUCGCCCUCGAGCUCGCGGUAGCGGUGGAGGUAGACUGUGAGGGGCUCGAUGUAGUCGUCGAACCCGAGCUUGCUCAUGGCGAAGAGGACGUCCUCGGCAGUGAUGGUCUUGCGCUGCUCCCUCUGGCACCGCUCGUUGGCCUCGCUGGUGACGAAGCUGAUGUACUCCGACACGCACUCCUGGAUCGUCUCCUUGGCGUCGUCGGAGAUCUUGGCGUGCUGGGGGAGGAUCUUCCGCAUGAUCCGGAUCACGUUGGCGAUCGGCAUGAACCUGUCCUGCUCCCUCACUGUGCACUCCUCCGUCACAUCGACGGCCGAGGAGGAGUUGUUGUUGUUGGUGGUGGUGUAGUGGUGGUGGUGGUUGUUGUUGAUCUCCGCCAGCAGCUUCACUACUCCUGUGAAGGAAGGCAAGGAACACACAGAGAUGAGUCAAACCCAUGACUCAAAUCCAACUACCGGGUUCGGUUGAACCGGUACGAGUUAGGUACAUUGCAGUGCAUGGAUGACAUUUGUGAAGGAGGGAUUAUAAGAUGCAUGAAAUCCUGGCUGCCACUUGUUCACUCUCUAUGUCUGGUGUUCCACACCAUGUUUGUUGUUUUAUUGGUUACCUUCAACUUGUUUUUACCCCCUACUUUUUGUGUGUUUUUAUUCCCAAGCUACAUUAGUACUACUAAAAACAUUAAUC